AUGCUCAACGAAUUGAACGAAGCAGGGAAGAGAAUAGGACUACGAAUAAACAGAAAGAAAACACAGUUCACGAAGAACGCCUACUGCGAGGACGGAGGAGUACAACUUGAAGGCUCCCAAAUCGUGGAAACUUCGUCAUACGUAUACCUUGGACGUUCAAUGAACAUGGAAAACGACUUGAAGGAAGAACUAAAUAGAAGAAUGAGAGCAGCAUGGGCAGCAUUCGCAGCCGUCAGGGAAGCUACGGACCAACUGACGGACCAAGAUCUUCGUGCCCAUCUGUUCGACUCGACAGUCCUUCCAGCGCUCUGUUACGCAGCGGAGACGUGGGCAGACACCGCGGCCACGUCUAGGAAGCUACUUACUACCCACAGAGCCCUUGAGAGAUGUCUCCUGAAGUUUUACCGGCGCCCACAACACCUAGCCGGUCUUCGUAGCUCCGACUUAAGAGGAAUGUCCCGUCUUCACGACCCAGCGGAAUAUGUAUCGAAAGCAAAACAUAGAUGGGCCGGUCACAUCAUGAGAAGAAUCGACGAUAGAUGGACUAAAAGAACGCUAAAGUGGAUCCUAAGGGACGCUAAACGCCCCCGAGGGAGACCGCCAACAAAAUGGGGUGACGUGUUCGCUACACGGAUGGACCAGCUGAGAGCUCAGCUGGAUACGGCUCAAGGUUUAUUCUCCUGGUGA